CUGGUUCCGCCCUUUGUGCAGACAAAAGUAACUGGGUGGCCAGGCUGUUCGAGUUAAUGCAGCUUGUUUGAUAAGAUUUUCUUAAGGAAAAAAAAAUACAUGUAAAGGAUUUAUCAAAAGCCCUCAUGAAUAUUUCAUGAGUUGAUAUAUUCAGCUGAAUGGAUUCAGUGAGUCUCAGUGUGUAACUUGCAGACAAACCCCAUCCACAAGGAGGCUGGUGACAGAGGAAGCACUUUGGCGCAUUUUCAGAGGCAAAGGCAGGCUGAUAAAGCUCCUUGUGACAGGCUGACUUGCCAGUCUCCCAGUAUGCAGCUCUUGCUCUGAAGUGCUCCAGGAUUGGAACUAGAGCUUUCCAAAUUACCCUGGGAAGAGUGUGCGGACCCAGCAGCUUUUUAACCUGCGGCAGUGCUUUUGCUAUGUUCAAGAUUGUUGUUUUGGAUGGUGAAAGCUAGCGCUCCAUACGAGACAUGACAGCCAAAAAUUCUCCCAAAGAACUUACUGCUUCUGAAUCUGAGGUUUGCAUAAAGACUUUCAAGGAGCAGAUGCGCUUGGAACUUGAGCUUCCAAAGCUACCAGGAAACAGACCUACAUCUCCCAAAAUUUCUCCACGCAGUUCACCAAGGAAUUCACCAUGCUUUUUCAGAAAGUUGCUGGUGAAUAAGAGCAUCCGACAGCGGCGUCGUUUCACUGUGGCUCAUACAUGCUUUGAUGUGGAAAAUGGCCCUUCUCCAGGCCGGAGCCCACUGGACCCUCAAGCCAGCUCUUCUUCAGGACUGGUACUUCAUGCCGCCUUUCCUGGGCACAGCCAACGCAGGGAGUCUUUUCUCUACAGAUCCGACAGUGACUAUGACUUGUCACCAAAAGCGAUGUCAAGAAACUCAUCACUCCCCAGCGAGCAACACGGCGAUGACCUGAUUGUCACUCCUUUCGCCCAGGUUCUUGCCAGCUUGCGAAGCGUCAGAAACAACUUCACCCUGCUGACAAACCUUCAUGGAGCACCAAACAAGAGGUCACCAGCGGCUAGUCAGGCUCCAGUCUCCAGAGUCAGCCUGCAAGUGUGCGGCCACAGGAGACUGAUGAAAUGCAGAGAGAGCAAGAGGUGCUGAGAUCAUCUGUAAAUACUUGUUGCUGACGUUUCUCCAGGAGCCAAUCAGAAGGCCGUGAAUGUGUCUGGGCGUGCAGUACUCCCCUGCGGCAAUCCACCCCUGAGUUCUGUCUAUUCCCUGAAGACUCACCCUCAACCCCGUGGUUACAUGGGAAUCAGGCCAGGUCACAUGGUCCAGGCAUCUUUCCGCUGGUCACUCACCUCCCUGUCUCAUCUCUUGUGUGCCCCAUCUCUUAUAGAGAUCAUUUCCCCCUUC